AUCACAAAAAACAAACAUACAAUUCACUACUACUACUAAACUAUAGUAAAUCUAUUUAUAAUCUAUAGUUAAUCUAUUUAUAAUCGAUUAUUAAUCUAUUAUGCAAUUUAUUCUAACAUGUUUUUGUCUCACCCAACCCUUGCCAUUGCCAACCCCUACCCCUCUCCCCCUCUACACCACUGAAGGGAUGGUGCAUUGAAGCCGAUAUGGAGACCGAACACAUGCGACUAAAGCUAUUUUUUAUGGAUUUACAUUCAGUGCCUAGAAAUCACCUACGUUAUAUAUCGUGGAUAGCCUAUGUGGUGACCCGCGAUCCACGCAACGGCAUACGCGAAAGUAUCGUGGUGGCCAACUCACCCCAUGGUAACUAUUAUGUUCAGGACGGAAUGGAUAUGGGCGCCAUCAUGGACACCGAUAUAUUAUCGUCCGAGUAUAUGUUUGAUUCAGUGAACACACCUAUUCAUGAAAGGCUCAGUAAAAAAGAAUCGCCUAAAACAUACCUGGAAAUGGACGGUCAACUGACUGUACACAUUGAAUGGUGCGAUUCAAUG